CGUGAUGACGCAACCUCGAGCGCUUCCGGUAGGCGUGGCUCAGCUCCCCAGCUCCCGAGUCUCACUGUGCUGUGUGUAAACCUUGUUUUCAGUUAAGGACUCGGUUUAUUUGUAUUAUUAUUAUUAUUUUUUACACUUAGAAUGGCUGUGAAUUUGAGUAAAAACGGUCCAGCGCUCACAGCCGCCUAUAAAGAGGUGGUGGAUGAGAAAUCCGAGACUAACUGGGCCUUGUUCACCUACGAAGGCAACACCAAUGAUAUCCGGCUGGCCGGUAAAGGGGAGGAAGGGCUGGAGGAGCUGGUGGAGGAGUUGAACAGCGGGAAGGUGAUGUACGCAUUCUGCCGGGUCAAAGACCCCAACUCCGGCCUCCCUAAAUACGUCCUGAUCAACUGGACUGGCGAGGGUGUGAAAGACGCCAGGAAAGGACUGUGUGCCAACCAUGUUAGCUCCAUGGCUAAUUUUCUGAAGGGAGCACAUGUGACUAUAAACGCUCGUGCAGAGGAGGACGUGGAACCCGAAUCCAUCAUGCAGAAAGUGGCCAAGGCUUCAGGAGCCAAUUACAGUUUCCACAAAGAGUCCAACCGCUUCAGAGACACGGGACCACAGGGGCCUGUGGGUUCUGUGUAUCAGAAGACCAACGCAAUGUCCGAAAUCAAGAGAACCAACAAGGAUAACUUCUGGGCGCAGGCGGAGAAAGAUGAGGAGAAGCGCCGUCAGGAGGAGAAGAAGAAGGUGGCGGAGGAGCGGCAGCAGCUGGAGAAGGAGAGGAAAGAUCGGGAGGCCAAGGAGGCGACGCUGAGGGAGAGGGCGGCCAAAGAGAGAGCCUCCCAGAUCGACGAGCAGAGGAGGUACCAGCAGCAGCUCGAGAGUCAGCAGAAAAAACAGCAGGAAGAGGAGGAACCGGCCGCCAGACCCAAAGGCUUUAAGCGUGCAGAAUCGGUGGAAAAAGCCAAUGAGGCUGCUGCUCUCAUCUCCCAGCGUUCUGUGAACCCCAGAGAAAUGUUCCAGCAGAGGGAGAAAGGCAUAGCAGCCAGCAACACAGACAACACACCAUCCAGCCCACAGCCUGGGCGGUUGAAAAGCCCUUUUCUGUCUAAGCAGCCUUAUGAGCCUGAGCCGUCUCGCUCUCCUGUGCGCCAAGCCUCACCUGUACGAGCCACAGAAACCAGAGUUGUGGAGUCUCACACUGAUUACGAGGAACCAGAUGCUGAUGCAGAGUACGAAGACGUGGAUGUGGUCAGUGAACAGUACAGCUCUCAUGUGGAACAGCAGCAGUAUGAAGCAGCAAAGGAACCGGAGAACCUUUAUGAGGAGCCACAACAGGUGGAGGAGCAGAACGUGUAUGAAGAAUCAGACACGGGUGAUCGUGGUACCUGUGCUCGAGCACUGUACGACUACCAGGCAGCCGAUGACACGGAGAUCUCCUUCGACCCGGACGACAUCAUUACCGGCAUCGAAAUGAUCGACGAAGGCUGGUGGCGAGGCUACAGUCCGGACGGCCAUUUUGGAAUGUUCCCGGCCAAUUACGUCGAGCUCCUCUAAGUGGCUCAACCAAUCACGUCUGGGCGACAUUGACGUUGCCCCGCCCACAUUUAGUCACGGGUCCGUUAUUUGUAAUUGGACAGACUGCAACAAAAACCAUUGAUCAACAAAAGAAAAGAACUCCAAUGAAACUCAGUUACAGACUCGACUUUUUGUACUUUCUUUUUUUUUUUGCCGUUAAACAUUCCCUUAAAAACAUUAAUACUGUGCUCACUGGCUAACAAGAGAAUUGUGUGUGUCAUGGAGUAAAUAGUUGGUGUUAUUUUAUCAUGUUAACCUCAAAUAUUCCAUGGAUCACUUCAGCAUUUGUGUUUUAUAUUCCUGUACUAUUCAAUAUUUUCCUUUUUUUUCCCAAUCUGGACCAAUUCCUGUUUGAGAUGAUGACGUUUCAGUAUCAUUGGAAAUAACACAGCUAUUAGGAUUAGAGAGAUUUACUUCUGGCGUGAGCUCUGAAGUCUUGUUUUGCCUUGUUUUUGCCUUUUCUGCACAUUUUGGAGCAGUGAAAUGCCUCAGCUGAUGAUCUGAACACAGGUGCUCGAGGAAACUCUAUCACUAGUCUGAUUAUUUUCCUGCGUUUCUUAGCAUUUAAGGGACUAAACUGUCACGCUAAUCCGACGCACCUUAGCAUAGCCUUCCUGUCUGCUCUGAAAUGUGGAAAAAAUACUGUGAUUUUCUUUUUCUUCUUUAAGUUUCAGGGAACAAUCAUUCAACCAUUUUCCUCUUGCCCUUAAGUCAUAAACAGAUUUAUUUUUUUUUUGGCUACCCUUUGCAUUGACUUUUUUUUUUUUUCUUUUCUUUUUUUAAUUAAUUUACACCACAUUUUGUCAAUUUGCACAGCUCUUGAAAACCCACACGGUUAUUUGCUGUGCCAAUAGGAGUGCGACUGAGUGAAAAUGAUGUUUUAUUUUUUAAAAAUGUAACAUUAGAUUGUAUGGAGAGUGAUCAUCUGACCACCAGCGGGAGCCUGGUUCCUUCAGAUUAUUGUGAUCUUUAAUCAGAAAGAUGAAAUAAAGGAAGUGAAAAUGCA